AUGAAGGCGGACAAUGUAUCUAUGCAGGGGGGAGGAUACUACAACGACAACUCUACUCUUCAAGGUCAUGCUAUAGACAAGUCGUUGGAGUUGCUUGGUCCUUCGGCACAUUGUGGCCCAACAAUAACCUUGGCUGAUUAUGGAUCCUCUGAAGGCCAGAACUCUUUGACGUCGACGGUUCAUCAAAACUGGGAUUCCCUGACCCAAAACGGAAAGGUUUCCAUAAACACUCUCUUAUCUCCGAGAUCAUACUUUGAGCAGGUACUGCCAGACGGUUUUGUUGAUGCUGGCUUCAACUUUACAGCUUUGCAUUGGCUACGCACUAUGCUUGAUGUAUCGUCAACUCCCUCGUCGCUAUCUGCUGCAGCUCAUGAGGACUUUGUCGACUUCCUUCUAGUGCGUCAUAAAGAGAUUCGCCAACAUGGCACUAUGACGAUUUGUGUUCCCAGUGACGGUGACAUCAGCGUUUUUCCAACCUUUGGAUGUUUCGAGACCAGUCUUCGCAUCCUCUACGACAAGUAUCAGGUCGACCCAACGAUCGCAAGACGGCUUCCUAUGUACUAUAGGACCUCGGACGAGAUACUGGCAUCUGCCGCCGCCGUCGACACGAAAUGGGGCCUGAUGAGCCAUCAUACGUUACCAUUAAUACAUACAUCAUGGUCGCCUGAGGUUGUCGAGGCAGGUUCUGAGGAAGCGAGAAUGUCUGCUCGGAAGAGAUACGCAGAUGCUGUGACCGGCUUUGCACUUGCAGCAUGUUCCCAAUUCUUCAUCGAGGGUCUGAGAACUCAUGAUCACCGGGACGCAAGGCUGGAAAAUGAGGAGACUCAUUUAAAGGAAGAAUUUAUGAUAGACUUGACCGCCACAUUCAAAGAUGAAUUCUUACGUACUCACUGCAUGGAUAAGAUUGGGUUUACAUAUACGCUGCUGCAGUUGGAGAGAUUGUAA